GUUUUCAUCAUCGUGCCAAGCUAUUAGCUACAUGCAUGCAGAUUAUAGAAUGCUACGCCACCAGGGGAAUAGCAACCAGGUAUCACCUGUACCUCCUGUAUAGAGUUCUUAUUUAUCCCACUAUUUGUAACUUUUAAGGUUUUUCCUCAACAAUUCUUCUCAUUGAAAAAGUUGUCAAGUUGUCUUGCAAUCUUCACAAUGGCUGUGCUGCCUGGACACCCAAUCUGCUUUGGAGGGCUUAAAUGCCUUGUAGUCUACCUUGUAUUGCUCUUGUUACCUCUACAGUCAUCUGCAUAUCUUACUGGUAGCCAAUCACCAGUUAUCUGCUCAGGAAACCAGAAAGAAUAUGACUUUGUAGGUUAAAUUUAGAAUGUUCUCUCACAUACCAAACACAUCAUUAAUGGCUCUCAGAUUAUAGUUGGAGGAGGCACUGCCGGACUCACACUUGCCUCUCGACUAAGCCAGAAGUUGACACAAAAUUGUUUUCUCAUAAUUGAAGCAGGAGAAGAUGGCCGUCAAGAUCCUGGGAUUUUCAUUCCCGGUCGACGAGGCUCAACAUUCGGCAGCAAAUUCGACUGGAACUUAACAACCGUUCCACAAACCCACGCUUCAAAUCGAAUAGUCAAUUUUCCCCGAGGAAAAGUCCUCGGUGGCUCCUCGGCUCUGAAUCUCAUGGCAUGGGAUCGAGGAUGCAAAGCAGAUUAUGAUGCCUGGGAAGACCUUGGAAACAAAGGUUGGAAUUGGAAGAACAUGUAUCGAAACAUGCUUAAAGUUGAGAAUUUCACAUUUUCUCCAGAGUAUGGAAAUAAAGGCGUCUCGAGGGGUGGUUUCAUCCAGACGACUAUCAAUCGGAUUGCUUCUCCUCAACAGCUUGCCUAUUCACCGGUUAUGCAAAAAUUGGGACUGAAAGUCAAUCGAGAGAGUCUUAGUGGUGACAAUGUUGGUAUUUCGAGGCAACCAAGCAGUAUAAGAUCGGAGGACUAUACGCGCUCAUACAGCGUUGAAUAUCUGAAGCAUGCACGAGAGAAUGUUGCUUUGAAAUUAUCGACCCGAGUGGCCAAGGUCAAUUUUGACAAACAUUUAAAGACCACGGGUGUCACACUACAAGAUGGAACGUUCAUUGCUGCUAGUAAGGAAGUCAUCAUCUCAGCGGGAACCUUUCUAUCUCCAGGCUUGCUUGAGCAUUCUGGUAUUGGAAACAAAACGAUUCUUGAUCAACUUGGAAUCACGCCACUCUAUGAUUUACCAGGGGUAGGCGAAAAUCUUCAUGACCAUCCUAGAGUUCAAGCUUCAUAUAUAUUGAAGCUUGGGUUUGUGUCUGUUGAUCGACUAAGGUUCAAUGCCACUUAUGCCGCUGAACAACUUGCGCUCUACAAUGCUCGACUACCUUCAGAGUAAGACACAUCCAGUCUCAGCAAUUCCAAAGACCUCAGAUGUUGACUUGCCUAAAUUUGUAUCUCUCAGUUGCAUUUACUUUUUAAUUAACAUUCCACAGAUGGGACUACACAGCCUCUGCCUUCAUCUACACACCGUGGUCCACCAUAUUCCCCUCAACACAAGCCAAACUCCUCAGCCUCGCCAAAUCUCUCAUCACCAAGAGCUCCCCACCUAACUUAAAGAAAACACUCGACCUCUUAUCCGACCCCUCGGUCCCGCAAGUAGAAGUAAUCUUCACCGACAGCCUGACAGGAACCGCCGGCUACCCACCACCCAACUCCUCCUUCUACGGAAUAGAAACCUUCACCCUAGUAGCCGGCCUCAUGCACCCCUUCUCCCGAGGCUCAGUCCACAUUUCCUCUCCAUCAAUUACCAUCCCUCCCCUCAUAGAUCCCAACUAUCUCUCUUCGCCAAUGGAUCUAGAAGCCCAAACACAGCUUGCAAAAUACUUACGAGAAAUCGCUAAUACGGAGCCCCUGAAAAGCGUGUGGAAGGGAGAAUAUGAACCCGGGCUCAGAGUACAAAGUGAUAAGGACUGGGAGGAUUACGCGAAGAACGCGACAAUGACGUUUUCUCAUCCUGUUUCGACUUGUGCGAUGGGUCCUGAGAAGGAUGGUGGGGUUGUGAGUGAGAGGUUAAAGGUUUAUGGGACGAGGGGGUUGAGGGUUGUGGAUGCUAGUGUGAUCAGUUUGUUAGUCAGUGGACAUAUUCAGACGGCGGUUUAUGGGAUUGCGGAAAGGGCGGCUGAGAUUAUUCUUGAAGAUUGGGAGUAAAAAUUCGGGCCUGGUUGGUGGAUGGAAUAGCAUCAAAUGUGUGCAUCAUAGUCCGUGGCGCCCGAUAAACAAUACCCGU